CCCCCUCCAAUCCAUUCCCCUCCGUUGCCAUCUUCCAGAUCUAAGACAACUUCCUUUCUUCCUCCGUUGCUCAUCCUCUCUCUCUCGGUCGGUAAGGGAGAGGAGGCGAGAAGCUCUGGCGCCGCCAUGACGCCCGCCUGGGUUUUGCUGGACCGCUUCGUGGACUUCUGCUUCGAAGAGGAAGUUGAUGAAGCAGCAGCGGCGGUGGCGGCGGCGGCGGUAAAGAACAAAGGAGCAGCACCGACGUUACAAUCGGUAAGGGAGCAGCGCAUCGCCCUCCUGGGCUCCCUGAAGCCCGACACCCUCUUCCCCCCUCCCCCGCGGAUAGCCACAUUCAGGCUGCGGUGCCCCAAGUCCCAUAGAGAUGUUAAUGCCCGGUUGGCCUGCCGCUCCCUCGUCGCGUGCGCCGAUAAGAGCCUGGUCGUCCUUUACGGCGGCAGGUAUUCUGGCGCCGGCUCCUCCGGUCCCGGAUGCUACCUCAUCUACGACACCGCUGCCACGGGCGAUAGCAAUUCCAUCCUCUCCACGGUACCCCCGCUCCCCAUGUUCAACCUCACCUGCAUUGGGUACGGAGCCGUUGUCCUGCGCCGCCAUUCGCCACGCGCGGACGCCACCACCUCCUCCUAUCUCCUCGCCGAACUCGCCGCCACGCCUCGGCGCGGGCUUCCCGAUGCGGAACUCUACCUGUGGUGGUCCGACGCCCCCACAGCCCAGUGGGCCAAGAAGGCGGUCCGGCUCCCCCGCGAGGUGUCCCGGGAGCCCGGCAAGCAUUUGUUCUCCAUCGAUGCCUCCUUCUCGUUUGGGACCUCCAGCCUGUGCUGGGUCGAUCUGCUCCUCGGCAUCGUGGUCUGCGCCGACCCGGGCCAGCAAGAUCCUCACUUUCGUUUCAUCCCGUUGCCCAAGGGGUGUCCCGCGGUCGGUACCUCCGAGAAACCUGACCGCCCGCGCAUGCACGAGUUCCGCCAUGUCGGCUGCGUUGGUGGCGUCAUCAAGCUCGUCGCCACGGAGGGCCUCCUCGAAGGCUGGGACUUCCACAAGUUCGGGCUUGUCACCUGGACCCUGUCGACUGAUCUCAGCGAGUGGAAGAAAGACGCCGUGUUCCCCCUCAAGGACCUCUGGGCGAGCGACGAGUACCUCUCGCUCAAGCUGCCGCAGCAUACGCCUGUCUGCCCGGUGCUGAGUGCGCGAGACGAUGGUGUCGUCUACGCCAUCGUCAACCAUGUCGAGAGGCACAACAUUGUCAAAGGUUCCGAGGUUGUGCAAACCAAGGUCGAAAUAAAGGGCCAGUGUGUUCUUGAACUCGACAUGCAGCGCAACAAGAUCAUCUCCACCAGCUUUAGUCAUCCACCAAGUUUGGCGCACCUUAUCCCCACACUCCUUGCUACUGAUUUCACAGCAUACCUGCAGGGCGCAAAGGACCGCCAGAGAGAGGUAGAAGCAAGUGAGUUUGGGGAGAGCGGAAAGAGGAUGAAGGUUGACUGAUCUCUGCAACAUCACGCAUGAGGAUGAAGCUUUGACUGAUAACUGCAACUUAUCAUGUAGGAUUAACAUGGUCGCUUUGUUUUGCGGAGCUAGGUCCGAUGCAGAACAAGGUUGAAUGUGUUCUUAAAUUUGACUAGAAGAUGUUUUAAUUAUUAUUGGUGGGAACCUAAGUAUUAUCAGAUGUUGGUAGUGGAACUGAAUGGUGUGUAGUAUGUACUAUUACUGGUCGCUGCAUCCUUACUGUGUGGAACCUUUUGGAGGAUUGUUCUGCUUAUGCAGCUUAUCUAUUAACCGUGAUACUAUCACUGGUGGCUUAAUCGUUCA